ACAUGCAUGGUUACCGGGGCGGAUCUAUGUUUGAUAGAGCUGGGCGUGGGCUCUCCACUCCUCAUCUCCCUGCCUCAGUGGAAGCACAUUGUUCAACGCGGGCUCUUUUUUUCUAUCCAGAAGAACCAAUGACUACUUUGGUGGCCUUAAGCUUGUGAAAACCAAACACUUUCUCGGAGAUAACAAGCUGCAGAUAUCUGGAGACGGCGGAGAGCAGACGGAGAAUAUUUGAUUCCGCCUUCAUGAUCACAGCUGAGAGGCAACAGUCAAAAGAUUUUUUUUCCUGCUCCUGUGGACCAAACGUCGCUUCUGUCGCUAAUUAGACCCCUGCUUGUUGUAAGUAUGCACUGCACAUUCCUGUGUCCGAAAUAUGUCGGCUGUGAUUGUGUGUUUUGUCUAUUUCUACUACUAAAAUGCUUUCAUUUUUAGGAGCACCGCUGGAGAUUGCGGUCCACAGUUGAAGCAUGUUAGCUCGCUAUUAUCACAUUAUAAUUCUGGUUUUAUCUAGCGAGUUUACCAACAAAUGUUUUCAAAAGAAGGAUUAAAUAUAUAUAUUUAUUUCGAUAAGGCUCUCUCGAGUUCGGGUUUUGUAACUUGGUUGUUGAGAAAUAAAAUGAAACUACUGUGAAACCCCCUCCUCACUUCACUAUUGAACAGAAACUGAAUGCAUGUAAAUGAAAUGGGUUAUUGCGGGGAGUAUUGCGGGGAUUUCACUCCCUAUAUUUUGUGAAAUGCAAAGUCAGUCUUGUGUGAGCUUGCUGCCGAUAGCGGCCACACAGACAAGUAGGGUGACGCCCCGUCACACCGAGUAAAAACUGAAUGUAUCACUGCGGAAGUUAGAUUCCAUUACAAGGCAUUUACAACGCUGAUUUAGGAUGAUCUGUCCUCUGGAUUGCACUGUCAACGCUAUUUUGCUUGUUCAAAUGGCUAAAGAUGGCCAUGACCGGGCAAGAUUCAAAUCCACAAAAAUCUGACUGUGGGGGCUGUUCAACAAGAGAAACAGUUUACCCUCCGAAGCUGUCAGUAAUCUCCUCAGAAUGAAUUCUGUUUAUCAUACAAAUUAGUCUGGGUGGGACAGUAUAUUAUCAACACAGAGACACAUGGUCUUCUUGACUGUAAUUAUCCUGCCACUGGCGCCAAAUUUUGAUAUUUUAAUGUAGAAAUACCACCGAUAUCUAAAAAGGUCCCCUCUCCCAGACUCAACCGUAUAUCUCCUUAAGGUGACAUUUAUCCUACUCUUCACCGUCUGAUGCAUUUGAUUUUCUUUUAAUAACACCAGAAUUCAUCAUAACAUAGUAAACAACUUGUGUUAUUUCAGAAUCACUGCUGUGAAAUUAUUACUAUCAGAGCCAGAAUUCAAAACUUGGACUCAAGCCUGACUCGAGUCCUGAUUUUAAGGACUCGUGCCUCAACUUGGACUGGAACACUGAUGACUCUGACCUGUACUCAGACUCAAGUAUGACUGCUUCAGGACUCAGGAGACGGAGAAGAGGAGUCAUUCUUACUUUUUGAUAAAGACUGCUUUAUUGUUUUUGUUGAUUUUUCAAAGUUUAAGGCCCUGGUAGUUUCAUUAGUUUGGAGUCAGGGCUGGCCGGUUUGUUUACAUGCAUGAAUAUUUAUGUGUCAUCAUGAUCAGCAACAGUUCCCACCAGGAUGCUUAGAAGUUGCACAGAAGACAAUAGGUUGAAGAUAAGUAAUAGUAAUAACUUUAAUGAAGAAGACUUGACCUGAGCUCAGAUUUUUCUUUGGCAACUUAGACUUGACUGAUGAUGAAUCUAGACUUGACUUUGACUUGAAGUUUGAUGACUCAACAAGUACACUGUCGUAAUAGUGGGGUAAUCUAUCAUACUGUAUCACAUCAUGAGUUACCUUUCAAAUCCCACCCCAGGUUAAAUAAAAAAAAAAAGGCCAUAUGGAUGGGCUGUCAAAUCAGAGAAGAGAAUUUCCCAACUUGAGCUGAUUUAACUUUUAUUUCAGAUAAAUUAUACUCAUUAUGAAAUAACACUAAACUUUGACAUUCGUUACUUCUAAAAGAUAUUUAAAAAACAAGGUCUAUGCUGUUUACAUUUUGAGACAUUUUUAACUGACUCCUGCUCAAAUCUAAUUUUAUUCAUGAUAGCAUCAUUGCUGCCUCUGCUGCUGACUAAAUCCUCACCAUGAAUCAUAUCUACAGAUCAGCAACAUCGUUUUUCCAUGAUCAUAUAAUAUACUAAGGAGUGACUUUGACUUUCACUGACCGGGUUUGACAUCAACAUCUGUAGCGUUCAGAGAAGAACUGAAGCAGCUGGAAAACAGCUGGAGGUAGUCCAGCCAGUGAUCGAGGUGCAAUGUGAAUCUCUUGUCCCUUUCUGUGAACAGCUGUAGCCUGGGAGGUGCCCAGCUGCAGGCCAAAACAAGAGCAAGUCUUUUGGAUGUCAAGCUUUUAAAAAGGACACGUUUUUACACUGUUUUUUUUUUUCUUUUACUUUUCAAUUUGUUAAAAGAUUGCUUCAAAAAUUGUAUGAGAGGAAUCAAAAUAUGUCUUACUGGUUUGUCUGAAUUGUAUUUGGGUGAUAAAACUCAGAGAUUAUAUAUAUUUAUAUUUGCCCCAUGAUGCACUUUUUUGUGCUUAGUGUUAUUGUACGCCCUCACAAACUAGUACAGCUGUCUAAAAUGCUCUGACUCUUCUUAUGGCUGAUGAGUUUAGGGUGCUUGGGUGUGCGAUGAUAACCCUUAUGGCUCCUCUAACUGCAGUUCUUUGUGUGGGGAGGUCAGCUGGCCUUUUCAUCCCUGCUGCUGCCUCAAUUGUCCCACCCUUACCAACAAGCUGAAAGGAUGACCCAGUGGGGAAAAGGUCAUUGGUACUCUGGUGCCUUUAAGAGCUGGCUGUUUAAGCAUGCAACGUUCAUACACCCAGAUGCACAGAGAAAGUCUUUAUGGAAAUGUUUGUGAGGGAGAAAACCUUAGAAAAGGGGAAUUGUUUAUUCAAAGAUUAUCAUUGAUUUUUUUUUUAAGUUUCAUUCAUUUUUUUAAUUAAAAAAACAUUUUGACUCUUAAAGGAGGACUUAAGAAAUAUGAUAUGUCAAUAAUAUAUUAAUACGCCCAAUAGCUCAAUGAUUUUCUGAAUGAAUAGAUCUCUCAAUGGGUGCUGUAUGAACCCAGUUCCAUGUGUUUCAUUGGCCUUGGAGUGCAGAAUAGUCUUUAGCUGCUGGUCAGCACUGAUGUUUAGAUGUUGUUUAGAGGGAUGAUGUCAUUGGUGAGUGGUGGGAGGGUGUGGUGGGCUAUCAAGGCUCCAACAUGGGUCUUGGAGUCUCAGUAUUGGACUGUGAUACCUCCCUAGAGAGGGUCUCCUUACCAUCAUCUCUCCAUUAAAAAUCUAUUAUCUCUGCAGCAGGGCUUGUGGCUCUGCUAGUAUGGAUCCUUCAACCAAUUAGGAACUUUAAUGGAGAGCAGGAUGCAUGUUGGGGAAGGUGGUCGUUCAUUUAUUUGCCCCCCUUAGUGCAUCAUGUGUUUUUUGGAGAGAUGAAGUGGGCUAUGGAGAAUUCAGAAACAGAUAUGUAUUUGUCGUUAUUUAUCAGGUAAAAUGAUAGAGGAUGCAAAGCACUUUUAUUAUUGAUUACUUUAUACGUUUUUCUGUUUCCAGGUCGACCCCUCCCUCCCUCCUGUGGUUUCUCUGCCCUUGGCACAUAGUCAGAAUAGCCUUCUCUCUGCCUCGCCCUCUCCUCCAAUCAGCCCUCUCGCUGCUCUCCACUCACACCCUCUAUAAACUGUCAUGUAAGAUUAUCCUCCUGGUUCAGGCGAGGCUCUAGGGUUUCAAAACGAACUGUUAAUUUCCCAGGCUGGAGGUGACGAGCUAUAAAUAAAUCUAAACAUCAACAUUUCGUAUGGUCCUGCUCCUUGAUCAAGAAGGCAGCCGCUAUCCAUAGAUUUUAGGGACUCAGAAAGUCAGGGUUGAUCAACCUUUUUUCUUUCCUGACAUUCCUUCUGAUACUUUGACCAGAGCCCCCAAUAACACCAACUCUUACUCUGUAUUGAAGAAUUAGAUUUUCAACAUGAAACAACAUUUUUUUUCCUGCUUAUAAAAGUAUUUGUACAGUAGGGGUGGGAGAUAAAAUCGAUACAGCAUAGUAUUGCAAUAUUUUGUCUGGUGAUAUAUCAUAUCGUCUCAUUACCAAGUGUUGAUUUUUCAAAGUGAUUGCUUAUAUGAAGUCAAAUCUAUGAUAAUGGAAAACUAAAAUCAACUGCUUGUCCAGUGAGGUUGGCAGAGGUGACAUCGCAGAGCAGGAGAAAGUUAGUACAACAAAAAUUUAUAAAGUUUGCAAGAUGUGCUACAUGAAAAUAAAAUACAGCGUAAAUAAGACAAAGGAAAGACAAAUGCUAAAUUAGCUCAACAGUUGAAAAAAAUUUAUAGAUCGCAAAAUUUUGUAUCGCAAUACUCACUGUAAUGCAAAAUAUUAAAAAUCGCAAUAUCGUAUCGUGGGGUCUACUUUCAUGACAUUUUACUAAUAAGUUGAUCUUUACCACUCUGAGAAGUAGUGUCCAUGAUUGAUUUUGCUGUAUUGGCUAAUGUUUUAUAUACAAAGUAUUUAUAUUACGUUACAUUUAGAUUUUUUGGAGGGUUAAUAGAUUAUGGUAUGGGAUCAAUGCAUUGAUUUGGGUGCUUGAUUACACCUGGUCAUUUCUCUGAGGCAUGUUCAAUUUAAGUAUUGAAUUGGACUGACUCUACAGUAGUUUCAGGGUCGUGUGUGUGAUUGUUUGAAAUAGGAAGCUUUGUACAUUAACGUAAAACAAAAAAUCAAUUUUUGAAAGAAAACCAAAAGGGAAAAAGCCUUGUACAGUUGGAUCUAAGUUUUAGAUUUUGCUAAAUGUUGCCUGCCUGAUGCACGUUUUGUGCAUGCCCCGGCAGCAUAUGAAAAAUCGUUUUCCUUCUCUAGAUGAAAAACGAUUCGUACAUACCCUGAUCAUUGCAAUCUCCAGCGGCUGUGUCCUCAUCCCCGCUCUCUGAAUGCUCAUACACCAGCUCUACAUCAACCCGUCUUGACAAAAAGUGGCUGUGAGAAAGCGACAGCAUCUUUAUCAAUGAUUAAUUUGCCAUUCAUCUCCAUAUGUAUAUGUGUGUAUUAUUAAUCAGCUGCUGCCAUGGCCUAGUUCGAGAGGAGGAGGUGGCAUGGCUGUCUGUUUUCCUUCCUCUGGUCUCCUAGUAGCGGGCACGGGUGCUUUGAAUUUGCUGUUAGGCUGUAAAUUUUAAUCAUUUGGCAGGUGCACACUUGAGAUCUGGCUAUGUAGAAGAAAUGCAGCAACCAACCGUGUCAGAAUCUGUAAAACUGUGGAGGUGUGACAGAGCCAAUCUUAAAUUUUUUUGUGUUUUUAUUCAAGUGUGUCCUACAUUUGCUUCUUCUUCUUAUCAGUUCAAUUCAGUCCUCUUUGUUGGCAAGAAUUUCCGGAUACACAGUAGAAAUAGAGAAAGCAUCUGUUUGAAACUGAGUCUUUGAUACAGAUUGACAUGUAUCAGUUAGGACUUUAUAUGCUUGUUUGUAUCAUGAUGUUGAGCAUUUAAGGCAGGAGAGACAAAUACAAGUGCUGCCCGAACAGGGAGCAAGGAUUGAUUUCAGAACAUUAUAAUCCAUCUUGGAAAUUACAAAUAGAUGGAUUACACUCAGUGAAUGAACUGAGAUUUUAUCUACAAUAACUUUGACAUUCAGCAAUGAUCAAAGCUAUUUUGCUAGCACAACUGAUCACCUGGUAAUUUUGCUUGUGUAGUUGUUUUCUGAAAUGUAUAAAUUCAACAAUAAACCAGUAAAUAAGUAAAGGUGUAGUUGGAUUCGAGUAAAAGUGUGCUUUCGUUCAUCUUGAGAUAUUAAAUCUAAUUUUAGAUGUUAGUGUCAGUCUCAGCUGUUUGAAAUGACUGUAGAGAAGUUUCCAGCUAGCACUGAUUUGCCCUGUCAUGAGCUUGCAGCCACCAGUGACCAAAGGUGUUCCUGUGUCUGUCUGCAGCCCUGCGCGGGUCUGUGCCCCUCACACAGCUGCUGUUUAUUUGGUUAAAGGAGGCUGUAAGGAGCUGGGCUGGUACCACAACCCUGCUGCGGUUUCUUUAGGGCAAGCCUGCACAACGUACCAGCCAGGUGGAUUUAUUUACAGUGAGGGAAAAGGAAGCUAAAUGUUUUGCCAUGAGUUUGAGGGGUCAGGAUAAUUUCACUUCCUGUUGUGCUUGAGAUUUAAAGCAAGGGACGCUGUUUUUACAAGGAUGCAGAUGUUGAUAUUGGUAAUGGUGUUCAGAAAUACUUCAGGCCCGAUAUGACUAACCGGAUCAAGGAUGUGUAGCAGGAACAUGUGUAUAAGUGUGUGACUGAAUAAGAGCCAUUAAACGUCUGUGUUGUCAGGUAGCAAGUCUGCUUCUCUGUUAUUCAUUAACAUCAGUGAGCCGGUCUUAAUGCUGGCUGAUCUCAGUCUAUACCCUCAUCAGCUCACUCACACACACAAUCACACCAGUAAGAGAUUUAAAAGAGGUGCAUGCAGAUUCUAUUUUUACAACACUACACCCAGAGACAAAAAUAGGUGCUUGCCCGUUACUUUUGACUCACUAAGAAUGAAGUAGCUUUGUACGUUUUCUUUUUUUUAAUUUCCCACUUUGCAUGUUCGGCUGUCCAGACUUCCUGUCACCUGCUACUCCUCUGUCUAAACAACAAGUUUCAGAUUCACUCAAGCUGUGUGUGUAUUUGUGUAUGUGUGCGUUUACACUGUUUUGAAAGAUAAAGCGCCAGAGUCAGGGUGUUGGUGCAUAUUCUGCUCCAGCUGGCCGAAACACCACCGUUUAUUGUUCAGGAUGACAGCUGAUACUCUAGAGGAAGUGUGUGUGAAAUUUCAACAUAUUAAGAGCACAAUGUAACAUUUGGUGUAGAUUAGUGAUCAUGUCUUCUGCUCGUUGCAGUAAAACUGAGCAAAGCGAGACCCCUUGUUUAACCCAAUGUGACCUUAUCUUACCUCCUAACCCAUCAUGGGAACUAUGAGACAGACUAUUUUUGAGGAAGAGAAACUGAAAGACAUUUUCAGAGUUACUGUAGAUGAUGUUAGUGUCACUUUCAGGCAACAGUUUAGUUGAGAGGAAUUUUUUGGGUAUUUUUUGCCUUUUAAUUGAUAGUACAGGGUGGAAUGUGGGGAAGGAGGGAGGACAUGCAGCACAUUGUCAGGGCCGAACUCCAACCUGCAACCGCUGCGGGGAUCGUGGUCCUCAUACAUGGGGUGCGCUAACCCUCUAAGCCAUCUUCGCAUCCCAAAAAAGUUGUUUUGAAAGUGGUGAUGGUGUUGUUAAAUCAAAAACGUAGAGAAGUAUCUGAGUUUUUUUCUGAGUCUUUUCCCCUUUUUUUCCCCAGAUUGUCAGACAGAAAGUGAAACCUAACCACUGUUGGUAACUUCAAGUUAAAGAAAUGCUGUCCCAGUGAUUUUCCUUUAAGCUCUGACAUCAGAGAUGACACCAUUGCGAUGACACAACUGUAUUCACUGUUGUCUACAUGAUGUUGGACUGAUGUUGUCACCUCGGGAGGCUCCUGUGGUUGCUAAGGGCCUCCAGCACACUUCACUUGCGGUUAGCCAUAGGCUGGGUCGUACCAGCUGUAGCUUGUCAUUGAAUUAAUUCUCCAACAUGGCAGUGCUGACUUCUUCUCUGACUCAUCAAGUCUGCUGGAGGGAUCAGGUCAUCGCCAGGCCAUAAAUUUGGUAAUUUGGUGAAUUUGCUACUUAAGCUGAGUCACACUGUGUAAGCGCAUCAUGGAAACACCCAUAUGACUACUUUCACUGCUCGGUGGUGACUCAACUCAGCUGGAAUUUCACUGACCAGCAGUGUUGUGAGGACGGUGGCAGGGAUGUCAGAGAAGUGUGUGUCUUUGCGUUAUUGUGAUGCCUGUGAGAUGUGUUUACAUACAUAUCUUGUUCCAGCUGACUCUCUCUGCAGUCAUAACAUGCAUAACUGGUAAAUUUCCCAGAUGUGAAAGCUUCCUCUGCUCUUUUCUUUUUACUCUUGUUGUUGGGUGAAUUUGAACCUCACUAACUCACAUCUUCAUCUGAGCUACAUCGAGGGAUCAGGGGUAUCUUUAUUAUCCCUGAGGGCUGAUUUGCUUUACAGCCAGCAGUAUACACACAAUUCAAAACAGUUUAGACUAGAGCUGUGAAGUCCUAACUGACUGGUCGAUUUAUUACGUGCUGAGUCGACCAAGAUUCUGAUUGGUCGACUCCGUUUUUUCCGCGUCAAUUUACAGUCUAUGGUUAAUUUUAUCAGGAGAAACGUACCAAGUGCUAAUGGGGGUGUUUUCACAGGUAACAGACUGUCUCAGAACACCCUCUUUGUUUUCACCAUUUUGGAUUCGCCCAACCUUCUGGAGACAGGAAGAUUGAAGAGCGUCCAAGUUCAAUGUCCGGUGGUUUGCUGAAUAUAGUAUUUGUGUUUAAUUGCCUUCUUGUGCUGAUAUCAGUAUAUUUUCAACCAGCUGCGCUCCACCGAGCCGCGUCUUUCCCCGCCGCAGAAGGGUUUGCCGUUAGAGUCGUACCCCUCCCCAACCCACCCCACCCUGAUUAGUUGAUUUUUGGUCGUAAAUUUCAGGGUAUUAGUCGACCAAGAAUGUCUUUGGUUGAUUACAGCCCUAGUUUAGACACAUGUAAAAACAUGAGCAUAUGAAACACUGCAUUAGCAUCAGAAUAAAUAAAAAUCACUUUAAACUAAAUUUCUCGUAAACUCUCAUAAAAUUUGUAGCUUAAAUUUGACCAGCCAAAGCCAGUUUUACUUCACUUUUCUUCUUCAGCCUUUUAAUACCCUGUUGGUCCAUCAACUGUCUGUCAUACAGGUUCACUUAUGCUCUGUAAAUCUUAUCCAACAGAAAUGAAUAUCACUUAUGUUUUCUCAAGAGACUAGCAUCUUCCUCUAAUAACAUGCUGUGAUUCAUGGUCAGUGUUGUCCUGAAGCAUCGACAAAAUCUAUCGAGUGGAUACAGAUAACCCUUUGGGGAUGACUGCACACACACCUGGUGUCAUAAAAUACAGACUGCGCUGUUUCUACAGGCUGGUCCUUAUUGAAGAAGCAAGAGAAGUUACCAUAAAGCAGUUAGCUAACAGUAGCAAAUAGAGAAAAUAGUGAUUCUUUCACUUUUCACAGGUAGUUGAGCAUUGUCUUUUUUUUUUUAAAUUGCUACAUUGUAAGGGAGUAUUUUCAUUGGGUUAUUUGGGCUCUGGCAUUUGGGUUCAAAGGUAGGCAUCGGAAACGUGACACCUGAGUGAUGGGGGUCAGUCUGCCGGUGUCAUGCCCCUUCCCUGUGUCCCCUGCUGCUCCCCCUCUCUUACACACUCUCUGCUGUUCACACUCAGAGUGAGAGGAUUGGAACAUCGAGUACCUUCGGCACAUUUUUUACAUUCCCCUUUGAUGGUCUCAACCUCAGACCCCCACCACCACACACACAAUACACACUCCAAACCGCUGUUGUUUCUCCCCACUUAGCAGUGAUGCUAAGAACUGUUUUGCUUUGUUUGAACCAUUAGCUGUUGAGCGCAUCAUAACACUGAAGUGGCAGAGAUAGCGUGCUCACCAAAGCUCUGUCUGUGUCUGCUGCUGCUCUAUCCAUACCUUGUGACGAUGUAGCUGUUGAAUGUCAGAUUGUUAACCUGCACCUUUUUUCUUUUCUCUCGCUCUCUGUCCAGGAGUGCUGUGUGUGUGCGUGGCGAUGACGGAGUAUAAGCUGGUGGUGGUGGGAGCAGGAGGCGUGGGCAAGAGUGCGCUCACCAUCCAGCUCAUCCAGAACCACUUUGUGGAUGAAUAUGACCCCACUAUCGAGGUAUGAGUCCCUCUAUAUGUUCGACAUGUUAAUAGCAGAAAAUGUCUCUCAAUUGUUGUUCAUCAGUUUUACACUCAUGGUGGGUAUGUGAGUAGUAAUCUAGAAGUUAUUCUACAAAUGUCUAUCCCUGCAGUCACUGCUCAGCUGGGUUUUCUGCCCUCCACGGAAAGACAGCUUAGUCUAAAUCAAGUUAAUUGAAUUGCCUUAAUCAAACACUUGGGCUGUUCUCCAAAUGGUCAGUAUUUUUUUUCAUGAAGAAAUAUUCAUCCCGCCUCGUCAUAACUCUUUUAUUACCUUCAAAAUGAAACAUUGCAGACACUGCAAUGAGUCAAGAGAAGCCAGCGAGAAUGUUUUCUCCUCUUUUUCCUCCCAUUUCUGUCUUCUCUGUCUCCACUCUCUCCCUCUCUUUCUCACCACGCCUGCCUCUGACCAGACAAUGUCCUUUUUGUGUGUUUGCAUUCCUGGCCCCUAUGCUCUAACAAACAAAGGGACGGCACUCCAUGUUUUUGUGGUUUCGUGUUGGAAGGCUAAAUAUUGGCUUCGAGACCCCACUGCUUCGAUCUCUUGAUGUUCAUUUGACAUGAGGAUGAAUUGAAAUUCAAGUGCUGACACUUGUAAUACAGCACAUACAAGGUAUAUAGAGCACAGCACUGAGUCACCAGGGAUGAGAGAACUCGAAAUCCCACCUGAAGUACUUCAUCUGUGCCUAUGAUUGUUUAGGAAUAGUGGUUUAACACAAGACUGAUAUCUCCAUUGCCACCUCUAUAAACCUUUUUGCCAUUUUCUUUUGCAGGACUCGUACAGGAAGCAGGUUGUGAUUGACGGAGAGACCUGCCUGCUGGACAUCCUGGACACUGCAGGUCAGGAGGAGUACAGCGCCAUGAGGGAUCAGUACAUGAGGACAGGGGAGGGCUUCCUCUGCGUCUUUGCUAUAAACAACACUAAGUCUUUUGAGGACAUUCAUCAGUACAGGUGAGUGUAGAAUUACGACAAAGAGAGAAGUUUGUUGGAUUCAGGAUGCAUCACAAAUUAUGACACAGAUGGAAAUUAUGAUAUCUAGUAGGGGUGGGAGAAAAAAUCGAUUCAGCAUAGUAUCAAGAUAUUUUGUCUGGUGAUAUAUUGUAUUGUCUCAUUUACCAAGCAUCGAUUUUUUUCAAAUUAAUUGCUAAUAUGAAGUCAAAUGAAAUGAUGAUGAAAUGAAAAAAAUAAAAUCAAUUGUUUGUCCAGUGAGGUUGGCAGAGGUGACAUCAUAGAGCAGAAGAAAGUUAGUACAACAAAUAAAUAAAAAGUUUGCAAGAUGUGCUACAUGAAAAAAAAAUACAGCGUAAAUAAGACAACCAUUAAUAAAAGACAAAUGUUAAAUUAGUUUAACAGUUAAAAAAAUAUAAGGAUCGCGAUAUAUUGUAUUGAAUUACUCACUGUAUUGCAAUAUCAAAAAAAUCUCAAUAAUAUCGUAUUGUGGCCCAAGUAUCUUGAUAAUAUCAUAUCGUGGCCCAGGUAUCACGAUAAUAUCAUAUUGUGGCCUAAGUAUCGCGAUAAUAUCAUAUCGUGGCCCAAGUAUCGCGAUAAUAUCGUAUCGUGGCCUAAGUAUCGCGAUAAUAUCAUAUCGUGGCCCAAGUAUCGCGAUAAUAUCGUAUUGUGGCCCAGGUAUCGCAAUAAUAUCAUAUCGUGGCCCAAGUAUUGUAAUAAUAUCGUAUCAUGGCCCAAGUAUCUUGAUAAUAUCAUAUCAUGGCCUAAGUAUCGCGAUAAUAUCAUAUCGUGGCCCAAGUAUCGUAAUAAUAUCAUAUCGUGGCUCAAGUAUCUUGAUAAAAUUGUAUAGUGGCUCAAGUAUCGCGAUAAUAUCGUAGCGUGGCUCAAAUAUUGUGAUAAAAUAUAUUGUGGCUCAAGUUUAUCAAUCGCGUAUCGUGAUGCCACUGGUGAUUCCCACCCCCUAUCUAGAGUUGCAGAUUUGUCCAGCUCAGACAACCCAGGUGGAGUUUAGAUAUUAUCUCUAGAUCUUCUUCUAAUGGUGUGUGUAUGUGUGUGUGCAUGCGUGCUUGUGAGCGCGCGUUUGUACAUGCAGCAUGUGUUGCACGGACUCCCACGGGGUCUGGAUGCAGAGAGGUGUGUUUACGUAUAUGUGCCAGCUCUCUGCAGCAAUUGGGUGAUGUCAUGCUGUAGCGUUUAACACGGCUAAAGAAAGCUUAGCCUCCAACUGGAGGAUUACAGCAUGAUGCCAAUGAAAUCGAUCCUGACUCAAUUAGGGGAGCGGGGGGAGAGGUAGCACUUUCAAGGACGGGGGAAGGAGAAAGGGAGGUAGAGGGGAAGGAGGGGGAGAGAUUCAGCUGGAGAUGACAACAUUCUUUCUCUCUCUCUCUCUCUCUCUUUCCCACAUAUUUAGUCUUUCCCAUUAGGUUAGACACUCUUGACUGCCUUGCACAUAGCAAGUAAACGAGACAGCAUAUUAAGUUUGCAACCUUCUCGAAAGAUUUUCAGGUUUUUUUUCAAGCUUAUUACACACUUUUUGUUUGGCUUGUUGCCCUUGUUGCUCAGCCUUUUUUUGGCCUGGAAUAAAGUGCUGGUAUCAUUGUUACAGUGUUGUGCAGCUCACAAAACAUAAAUGAAUCUUUGAGGGGGCAAAAAGAAUAAGGAGGCUUUUUUUUUAUUUUGGGGUCUUUUCUUGUUAUUCUUUAAGAGGUUUGGACAGUGAACAGAGUCAGAAGCAGGGAAGAGAGAGUGGGGAUGACAUUCUGGCAAGGAGCUGAAGUUGGGGAUGAAAACUGGAUUUGGUUGUAGCCUGAGCCAAACUAGCCUCCCAAAAUAAUGAACUUCUCAACUUGUUUUUUUUUUAAUUUUUCCUUUUGACUUAAAAGUAACAAAAGUUUUAAAUUUUGCUUCACAAUGCGUCAGGUAAAGAAGAUUUUAUCUGCUUCAAAAUGUUCUAAAUGCUCAUUAGCAUUAUAUACCUACCCUAUCAGCGUAUAACAGGUCCAGAACAGAGUAACACAUUUGAUGGGCCAUGCCACCAAGUCAAAGUGCAUCUGUGAUCACAAACUCACAAACCCCAUUAGCAGUGCGGCCUGCAGAUGGGCAGGGCAGACCGGAGUGCCUGCAUCCUGCUGCACUGUGGCUCAGGGAGAAGAGGGGCUGAGCAGAUAGAUUGAUCUGACCCACUCCUCUCACUCUGGCUGCCUAGCGUUUGGCGCUGGCUGCUGUAGCGAUGAGGUAAUGCUGUUCUCCGCCUGCCUGUUGUCCGUCCCUCCCCCUCUCUGCCUCCCCCCCCCCCACCUCCCUCCCUCAGCAGUGCAGCACAGCCCAGCACCAGCAGGGCCCUGGGUCCUCCUCAGGGUCCUAGAGCUCCCCGGGUGGUUUUCUUUCCAGCUUGUGUAUGACGCAGGGAGGAUCCCAGACAAGAGAUACAUCACUGUGACUGAAUAAAACACUCAUGAAGGAAAUUGCAAAUGAAAUGACAACUGUUGCAUUGUUCUGAAACUUACAGGGAACAGAUAAAACGCGUCAAGGACUCUGAUGAUGUGCCUAUGGUGCUUGUGGGAAACAAAUGUGACCUCCCUGCGCGUACGGUGGACACAAGGCAAGCCCAGGAACUUGCCCGAUCCUACGGCAUCCCUUAUAUCGAGACCUCUGCCAAGACACGGCAGGUAGGUGUUGAUCAGGAAGCAAACACCCACAUAUUUUCCAAAUGUUGCAGGAUUUCAGAUCCGACCUAAAUGACUUUCACAAUAAACAUAUUGCAGAUGAGCGCAAGAAGCACAUCAAUUCAAUUUCAGUUUAAUUCAACUUUAUUUAUAUGGCACUUUUCAUACAGAAGGAGAUGCAAUUCAAAGUGCCUCACAGAGGCUAAAAACAAAAAAGACAAAAACCCAACCCUUCCACCCACCCACACGCACACAGAGACACACACCCACCCUCACUCACCCACACACACAACCGCACACAGUGUGAGAAUUUAAGAUAAAAUUUUAAAGAGACAUGGCCUGACUCCGAGACAUUACAUGAGGAACGAGCUACCUUUAGGAAACACUGGAGAUAAAAAUAAAGAUAAAAAUGGUGAAAAUAGUAAAACCUGAUGGACUAAAAUAAGAAAAUAUUAAAUGAACAAAUAAAUAAAAGGGGUGAACGAAGUAAAAACCUGUGACGGGAAAUUAAAAAAGGCUAAGAACAGAGAUAAUGAAUAGAAUGACAUAAAAUAAACAUUAAGAACUUUGAUUAAAAUGAACAUUUGCAAUAAGAGAAAUAUAAAAUGGCAAUUAGUAAAAAGCCUGGUUAAAAAAGUGAGUCUUGAGCCUCUUCUUAAAAAUAUCAACAGUCUCUGCGGCCCUGAGGCUCUCCGGCAGGCUGUUCCACAACCGGGGACCAUAAAAACUGAACGCUGUCUCCCCGUGUGUUUUUGUUUUGACUUUGGGUAAGGUUAAAAGGCCUGUGCCGGAGGACCUCAGGGUCCGCAAGGGUUGAUAUGGUAAAAGUAAAUCAGAUAAAUAGGAGGAGCCAAGACCAUUAAUACAUCUAAAAACUAAUAAAAGAACCUUAAAAUCAUCAGUAAGAAGAAGAAAAAGUACAUUAUGUGCACAUUAUGGGCGCUCAAGUGGAGAGGUUCAAAUCAAACAAGACACUGGUGUAAUAUACAAGCCUGUAUUCAAAUACCGCAUACAAUCACAGUACUUGACCAAACACAGACGCACCCAACUGUGCAGCAUCAAACUGUGCAGCAUCAAACUGUAAGCAACAGAUCAAAAUCAUGUCGGUAUCCUUUUUAGGUGGUGCUACAUUUUGUACAUGUAUCCAUGCACAUGCAGAGCAGAGCAGCGAACAGCCUGCAGUAGGAUUUGAUUUGUAUUGCUGGGAACAUUUUAUUAUGCCGCAGGCAAUGACUCAUAGCCAGGUUAUAUUGGCUUGAGAACAGAGCUCCAGUAUUUUUAUUUGAAGGCCUCGAUGAAGAAAAGUCGCUUCGCUGCUCUGACUCCAGAUCUGACUCACUGUCACACAUUGCUCAGGUACAUAGAGACACAUUCACCAGCAGACACAUCGAAAAGCCUGUCACUCAAACGAAGAGAAUCUCAGACCUGAACCACGACUCAGCCAUUAUCAGUUUUUGAUUAAGAGUAUCUGAAAUGAUCAGAGUUACCAUGGUGGUAUUGCCAAGCCUAAGAGCAGUGAGUACACCUGAGAGGUUUGCUGGUUUGAGGUGCAUACUUUGUGCUCCACUUGUGAUUGACUGUAACCUGUCUGUGUGUUUUCAGGGAGUAGAGGACGCCUUCUAUACACUGGUAAGAGAGAUCAGACAGCAUAAGCUUAGGAAGCUGAACCCACCUGAUGAGAGCGGUCAGGACUGCAUGAGCUGUCGCUGUGUGGUAUCGUGAUGCAGGUGAGACACUUGUGUGGAAUUUUAUACCCCUCUUUGACAGUUUAACACUAGGCCAGUCUCCAGAUUCCCACACGUCUUCAACUGGAACUCGUAUGUUACUUUCAGGAUCAACAAGUGUGACGCCAUGAGCCCCUCAGCUAAACUUUUAUCUGUGUCUUAUUUUUCAGUGAAUAAUAGCACUAACACCUGCCUCUCUCUCUUGUGUGAUUUCUUCUUCUUAGCUUAGCGUUGCACAUCGAGAAAAAAUGCUACAGAGCGUAGCGGCAGCAUGGACUUACAGAAAGAAAGAAGAAACAACUCAAUGAUGAAAUAUAAACUUUUUCAAAAAGAGAAUGAUUGAAGCAAAGGCCCGAAAGGAAACCACCGGAGCUGACUGAACCAUGGACCUUUAUGGACAGGAGGAUUUGGACUGUUGCCUAGGCGGCUACCUAAACUAGCCUGGUCCGGCCCUACUUUUAAUUUUGGUCUGCACGUCGUCGACCUGAGAGCAACACCACUAAUGACUCUCUGUCGACUCCAGUGUGGUCUCGCUGGGUGGCUUCACAAGUUCCCUGCUAACUUAUUGUUUUCAGUCUCAACACUGGUCUUAAAAGGGGUGUCUCGGACCUCUUUCCACCUUAAAAGCCUGACUUGCACCCCCCCUGCCUGCCCACUGGAAGGACUGACUGACUUACACGAAGAAGACUGGAAUGGACGUUGAGUUACCCCAGCAGCUCUUACAUAAAUCCCUUCUCAUCCCACUCGGUCUACCUUUGGUUUCCCUUGAAUGUCUGUGUGUUGUCUGGUUAUUGUACUGAAGAUAGAGGGUGGAGGCUGAUUUGGGGAGGACUAUAAUUUGUUGUUGUUUGUUUUAACAGUUAGCCUAACUGUAAAAAAAAAAAAUCUCAGAUUUCAUUUUUGAUACUGAACUUUUUUUGUGAUCAUAGAAUUUCAAAGUCACUGAGCAAUAUGUGAGAAAGGUUGAUUUAUUUCUUACGGCACCUGGUUUGACAUUUUUUGAAUAACCUGCCUGAUACAGUUAGGAUUCUCCUUUUCUAGGAUAGAAAUGUUGAAUUGAAAGUUUAAAGCAAGAUCAAUGUCCAAUAUGCAGCUGCUUUCCUUUUCUUGUCUCUUUUUGCUAAGAGUUCUCGUCGUGGAAUAAUAAUAAUAGUAACGGCUGGUGUACGUAGGUUCAGGUGCAAUAGAAUUCUUUUCGGUCACAGUUACCCAGGAUAUUAGGAUCAAACCACCUCUCACUGCUACUAAUUUUCCUGCGUUGAUUGGAUUUAGAAAGGAGAGGUACCAUGCAGGAAAAUAAUGUCGCAUUUCUUUGGCAAAAGUUGGAGAGGCCCGCAGAAAAGGAAGAAAACACAAUGAUAGGUUCAGACAAAAUGAUGACUGGUCCCGCAUUUUGUCUUGCUCUUAUUCACAGCAUGGGGACAACAGUUACUUCUUUAGUUGUAAGAAUCACUCUCCGUGGUUUGUAAGGCUCAGGAAUCAGGGUCCAGUAUGUCUCACCUGUUAAGGUUAAGGAUGUCACUGGUUAGCUUUCAGAGCGAAACACACCUCUGCCUCAGAGUCGAACUUGAGUUUUAUCCCACACACCAUACUAUCCUCAAACCGCUCCUCUUUCUCUUUCUCUCUGUCACCUCAGCUUUUAGAUGGGACAUGAACAGGUCAGGUGCUAAUCAUGUCAGAACCAUAUUUUUCUGUAUAUUAUGUUGGAGUGUAUAAUACCAAGAGAGCUUGGGCUCUCCACACCUGCAUUAUUUUGCUGCCUCAGUGGAAAAAGACAGCUCUAUGUUGACUUUGCCUUAUCUGUUCUCUAGUUUGUACCUCAUGUAUGCAGCGAGUUCUACCUGAGACCACUGUUUGUUUGCUGCAUUGUUUUGUUUGUGUUUGUGUCCAACUUAGAAAAAAUGUAGAGGGGCUUUAACAUGCGCUGUAUAGAAAACAAGUUCCUAAAAACACUACACUGAUGGUCAAAAAAAGGGUUGUUUGUAGUGGCGUAUGCGGCUAAAUGUCAUCUUGUUUAACUUUGACUGAAAAACUUCCUAAAAUCAUUUCAACAGAGCCCUUUAAGAGCCAAUUUCCUCUCGACUAUUUUUGUAUUUUUUAAAUUGGUACCUGUGAUGAUGAUCAGUUGCUAUAAAAUUUGACUUUUAAUCCAGAAUUUUCUCAAACAGUCUGUACAUAAGAAGUGGAGUUUUAGAAACAACUGGCAGAUUUUGGCCACUGCAAAAACAGAUGAGGCAUCUUCCAUCAAAGGAAAAUCAAAAGUAAUUUUGCCAUUGCUUUUCUUUGAGGGGAAUUGAUUAGUUUUGUUUAGCUAAAUUAACGCUUUUCUUUCAUAUAAUGGUUUAACAAAACGUGAUUGGUCUUAGGAACUGUGUGGAUGGUAGUGGUUGGGAUUUUUGUCAUCAGGUACCUUCAUUUCUCUAUUAGCUGAAGUAUGAUCUGUGAAUGUGUCGAGUCUUUUGAUCAUUUUUAAAAGAAGUGUCCUCUAUUUCAAAUUGACAAUAUUGAGAUAAUACAAGAACUGGCUUUUUCACCCUUUGUACUCAAACCUUUAAACUGAAAGAUUGUGGUGUUUGUAACAUGUAAUGAUGGUCCUAAUAGUGUAUGCUUGUCCUCACCUUCUUUGAGCAUUACAUCCACGAUAGAACCACAGAAGAAGUCUGAAUCUCUGUUUUUGAAUUCCCAUUGCUUUAAAAUACCCCCAUCAUGUCAUCACAGGGAAACUCCAGCCAGCAAACCACAAGUAUAGAUGUCAGAAAACCUGGCAAGCAUGACGAAGACAGUACGGACCGUUUGGGAGUUUUGCACAAGGAUACAGUGGGCUCAAGGAUUUGUUUCUCCCUUGCAAACUGUGGAACCGGGGUGUGGAGGAAGACUUUGUGAAAAAAAAACAAGUCAACUGUUUAGCUAUUUAAGAUGUAUUUACUCUUUGAACAUGUGGCAAAUGUAUUGCAGGACAGGAAUAAAGAUGUCAAGAUUAAAAAUGGG